GACUUCAGUUUGACACUACAUAUUAAUCUGUGGCACUGACAUGACAUAAGAUUGGGCAGUGUGCAAUUACGAUCGACAAAAACAUUUAUUGAUUCUGAAAAUUUGAGACUAAAGCUCUCUUGUUACUUCUUCACGUUAAACGCAUACACUUCUAUAAAAGAAUUAAUCAUGGCUCUUCCUCGCGUGCUCGCCUCUCGCCUCAUGCAACAAACAGUGCGACGCUACCACGGAGACCACUCCUUCAAGCCACCCUCGAUGGACGAGCUGCCUGUCCCCCGCGGCUCCUGGCAGGCCAAGUAUGAUGCUGACCAGAGGAAAUACAACUCUAUCCUUGCCUUUGGCAUAGUGUUCACUGUAUUCUCCAUUAGUCUUGCUAAGGGCUCCGGUCUCCUGUACCUGAACUACGCUCCUCCCAAGUCCAUUGAUUAAACAGUUUGCACACACAUUAUGUUUAUUGCUAGUGAAAUAAAACUAUAGUAUUAAAA